CGCGUAGGUCACAUGGACUUGAAAUGGCCAAAUCUCCUCCGAUUGGCCUUCAUAGUACAAUACUACAACCAAAGGCACAGUUGAAUGCACGAUCAAAUAUUAAUUCUCUUGAUGAACUAGAUCAAAAUCUAAAACUAUUGAAAUGUGAUUUCCCUCUACAGACCGCAGAUAAAGAAUUUAAAGGAAGUAAAUUUGGAUCCUUUAUUUGCUACACAUUUCCAACUGCAUCCUUCGAGAGACGUUGUCUUGCCAUCGAUUUCGUUAAUUGGUCUUUUUUUGUUGAUGAUUUGGUCGAUAGUAAGAAAUAUCUAAGAAACCCUAGAAAAAUAAAAAAAGAACUUGACAAAUUCUUAACUAUUUUAGAUAAUAAACCACAAGAAAUAACUAAUGAAGAAUGGCAACUAAAUUUUCGUAAUUCCGUUUCACUUUAUUUUGAUGCAUGCUAUUUAAAUGCACUUAAUAAAUGUUCGCAAGAUCUUCCUAAAUCUGUAGAAGAAUAUCUCAAAAUUAGAAGGAACUCAGGAGGAGUAUUACCUGUUUUUGACUUUAUCGAACCUCUACUCGGAAUCAAAAUUUUGUGCAAUAAUCUAGAUUUGAAAAUUUUUAUAAAUCAUUGCAUUGAUCAUAUAUGCUUCAUUAAUGACCUUUACUCGAUUAAAAAAGAAUUAACGGAAGGUGAAGUUGAUAAUAUUGUUGUAGUUUUACAAUAUGCAAAUCAGUAUUCCCUACAAGAAGCUAUUGAUUACGCAGUGAUGUUAACAAAUAAUCGAAUGACUCAAAUUAAAGAAGUUUUUGACAACUCAUCUCGAUUUAGUUUAGAAAUGGAUGAUCACAACACUAUUAAAUAUGUCAAUGCAUUGAUAG